AUGACUGCUACGUUGAGUAUGUCUUUUACCAACGAUGUCUGUUCCUCGGGGGAAGUAACGCCUGGUGUUCUCGAUGGGAUGUUCAAUGCGGCUCCUGAUACACCGUCUCCUGUCUACCCGGAUCGCUUAAUACGCCCUCUUCCCAAGCGUACCCUCCGCUCUCGCCUGUCCUCCGAAGCGGCCGACUCGAUCCGCUUCCCCCCAGCCCCUGCAACUCAGCUCUUCUACGGCACGUCGGUGGAUAGUGCGGACUUAGUAAAUGACGCGAAGGUGUACGUGCAACAGGACGACGGUCGUGACCUGAGCCCCGGGCGUGACCACCAUUACGAGAACGGAGUCGAGCUGGAGAGUGGCGAUGAGGACGGCCCUGUAGUUGUUCGACGAAGUGCCGGUUUUCGAGGGUCCUCCUUGUCCCCAUCGGCCACCAGUCAACCGCAGUCCGUCCCCACAAACGGGGACCGGGCGCCCAUCAAGUCGUCCUCGGCGGGUCCUGACGGGUACGACGCGUUUGAGAACACUAACAACAAAAAGAAACGCAAGAUCCCAACCCCGGGCAGCCUUGGGAGUCAUUCCACACUCUCUCCUGAACUUUCUACCAUGGGUCUGGCCGCCUCGGUUCAACCCCCAUCGGCCGGUGAAGCGAGCACGUACUACGGCACAGGGAGCCCGGCGUCUCCAGUCUCCAGUGGCAUGUCUGGGGCCGGCAGAGGCCGUCUUGGUCGUCCACCACCACAUCGCAGUGCGGGGCGUAAUUCGUUUUCGCUGCAUACACCGAUCAGUUGGCCGCGGACGCCCAGCCGACGCGAUGAUCUGUUGUCCUCUCCCGGACCUGCAGGUGACUCGUCAGAAAAGCCCGAUCAGGGUAUUAUUUCAGCAGCCAUCGCCCACGCCGCCGCAUCCGCAUUCUCACCUCCCCCUUCCGGCUCGGGUCAUAUUAGCAUGCUGGAGCAACAAACUCCCACGCCUACCAAGACUCAAUUCACAUUCACCUGCGAGUCCGACUCUUCGAAAGGAAUGGCGCUGCAGCCCCCGAACACGUACCCCGCUCCUCCGCGCUCACCCUCGUCUCUCUCCGCUGCUGUCCAGAGUCAGACGGGUUUCUCCCAAGGAACACAGACGAGCCCCAACAUGACCUUACAAGCCAGCCUGCCAAACCCCCAAGCUCAACCACAGCAACCCCAAGCGGGUGCGGGUCAAACUCCUCCUGGCGGCAGGAAGCCGAAGCGGCCGCCCGGCACCAUGUACGUCUUGGCCGCUCGCUCACGCAAGAUUCGGCAGCAGUACACAAAUCUCCGGCAUCCGCCGAGUCUGGAAGACAUCUGGAUCUGUGACUUCUGCGAGUACGAAAGUAUCUUUGGACACCCCCCGGUGGCUCUCAUUCGGCAAUAUGAGAUCAAGGAUCGCAAAGAGCGCAAACGCCUGGCUGAAAAGAAGCGAUUGCUCGAGAAGGCCAAGACGAAGGGACGUAAGGGCAAGAAGGCGACGAAGAAUGCAACCAAGCAGGCCACAGUUCCACCGACGACCUAUGAUCACGGGUACGACCGCGCAUCUGUGGAUCAUUCUUCGCUGGGAGGCGGGCCUGGAACCCAUGAAGAUGAAGACGGGGGUCAUGAGCACGACGAAGAGGCGGAUUCAGGCCCACCCCCACCACCACCACCACCACUGACAGCCGCUCAGAGCGCCUUACCGCCGAGUGCUGCGCCGAAAAUGCCAGCGACGGGACCCGGCGCUAGAGGGGCCCAUGGAGAGACGCGGCCGCCCUGA